UGACGGGUCUUAGUCCCCUGGAGAGAGACUGGGAUAUUUUUAAAGAGUCUCUCCGUGUAGGAUUGUGUGAUGGGUUUCAAUGAGACACUGUGUCAUACUUUUCUUGUAUUUCCCCUCUUAUUUAAACGGCCGCCAGAGCUAGCACGGGCCAUUAUCGAAAGGGGAGCCAAAGUAUUGGAGGUCACGAGGAUGCUCUAUUCAGGGUGUGUUUGCAAUAUAGCAGCAGCAGAACCUUCCUCUCAGCCCUCCGCCAGGACUGAAGAGCUGCUGCUAGGUGAGGCUGCGUUACACCUAAAUGGAGAUCAGUGCAGCUGUAACCUUCAGGCUGAUUGUGGCACUAAGAUGCACAAUAAAAUCCAUUGAUAAUGGGAAGCUGGAGGCGUGGGACAGCUUCUCUCUCCCUCCCCACGUGCUGCGUCGCCACAGCAACCGCCGACACAACGUUCCAUUGGGAGAAUGUAGCAAUUUUCACUUUGAACCAAUCAAAGCCCGGAGGGAUGAUUCAGCAGCCAAUGAGGAGAGAGCUGCGGGGGGUAGGAGGUGGAAGGUGCAAAGAUCUACGCGUGAGCCUGGCGGUACCUGGUCGAGCCCGGCCCGGAACAAAGGAGGUUGGCUCGGUCCGGUCCGUGCGGCAUCAGCUGAGAGUGAGUCUGACUAUCCCGAGACUGAUCCAGCGCCUGGAGUUGGGUUAUGCGCUGCCCGGUCCACGCUGAACAAAGCGGCCCGGACCAGAAGUUAUUAACCCUUUAAAGGGGUUUCCCAAGGGCGGAGCUCCGGUUCUGAACCUAUACACGUUUCUGGACACAGGAGACGAGGGGCAAUGCAAACACUGUUGGCAGCAGAGAACUCUCAAGGAAAAGGAGACACCAGAAUCCAGUAGACCCAGGUCAGUGCAUCAAGGGAAGGGAAGAUCAGAAGCAGUGCACGAAGAGGAGACUCCAGAACCCAUCAGAACCAAGCCAAAAUACACACGGGGGAAACAGCGGGAAUCCACCAGAAACUGGUCGGGCACAGGCGAUCAAGGAAAGAAGGCACCAAGGAGAGAGCAGAAGCCAGUCACUUUAUCAAGGGGAGAUGUCACUGGGCCCACCAUAGACCCAGAUCUGCUCAUCAGAGGAAGGCAAAAACAGAGGACAAGGUUGCAUUAGCAGGUGAGAACAGAAUGGACUGAACGGAGGAAGACAGCUGCAACUGAGGUUAAGGUUGAUUGUUGUGGAGAAAAUAAAGCCACCAACUUGUUUUUCAGAGGCUGGACUCAACUGAGAAGUGGGUGAGGAUAAUUAGGAGGGGGCUGCGCCAGCAUCACAGGGGAGUUGUUCCAAAGCAUGGCUGGCGUUUCUACGUGUACCCAGGUCUGUUUUGCAUGAGGAGCCAGCCAGCUGAGCAAGAGAUCAGUGCAAUGCCAGAGAUGCCCCAUCAUGGUGAUGUGCUAACACCUCCUCCUACUGCCAGUGUUUCAAUGGACAGCAAUGUAGUGGCCAUCAUCAUAGCUGCAAUUUCUUCGUCUGUCUUCAUAGUGGCGAUAUUGGUGCUGCUACUGCUCUUGUACCACCGGGACCCCCUGUGCUGUCAGUUCCUCUGUUCCUGCCGCUUCUUUCAGAGUCCCAGCCAAUAUGACCGUCCUCCUCCAUACUUCAGCAGUAACCAGCGGCUGAUGGGACCCCAAUCCGGAGCACAGCAAUUGGAGAGCGCCACCGAUAACCCAGGGGUGCAGGGAGAGGAACUAUUUUGCGUUGGACCCCCCAGCAGCUAUCAGCUCCCUCCCUGGGAGCAGCUGCGCUUGCCGAGCUACGAGAGCGUGCGGAAGAAGGAUCGGCAGCGGGAGAUCCACCAGAUGAUUGCCGAGAGGUUUGGGCUGUGGGCAGACCCCUCCCAGGAGCUGCCACCCCCCUAUGAGCAAGCCCUACGUCAUCCUCCAGCCUGCCCAGAACCCGGAGCAGGGUCAGAGUUACCAGACGGACACAGAUUGCUGGAUGCAUUCCCGUCCUCCAUCAGCUACCCAACUCAAAGGAACACAGCUGUGUAGAAGGGGAAUCAACCCUGGAACACCUCUCCUUCCCUCUGCCACAAGGACAGCGCAAGGCCUGGGACGUCUGUCCCUUCCUGCAGGGCAGAGAUGCACCUCAUGCCUUCAUCCAGGUGCACAAACCAUUGAGGACCACUUGUGCAGAUCCCAGGCAAAGUAGUGGAAAUUUCCAUCCACUGACUCCACACACAAGAAUGAAGGUUGAGUGAAUACCAGGAUCUAUCUACCAGCCAUCUCUCUCCCAGAAACGGUGGAAUAAACCUGAAGCCAUUUCUUUUCCACUGUUUCCACUCUAGUAACCUUAUCUUAACCAAAGACCAUGGAAUAAUCCUCAGUCAUUUCGGUUGUAUUUGAGAGGGCAGAGCAAAGGUGAUGGUCCACCAGCCAAGGACUGUCCCUGAAGAAAAGGCAGGUGGCUCUUUCACUGUAAUACACCUCUAUGAGGCUGCAGCAGCUACUGCCACCCACUCCAAGGAUUAAACCUCCGAAGCUCAGCAUCUCUUCCUUAAAUGCUUUAUCUUAUCUACUCCCUAUGUUGUAAAAACAUUUACUUUAUCAGGUACCAGGGGGAAGCCUGGCCUGCCAAUGCCGUAUGAAUGUAUUUGUACUAGAGCUAUUGUCAUCAUAGCUAGGUGCUCCACAUUCACAUCCUUCUGGGAUAUAAAAUGCUAUGUGGAGAAGUCUGCUAAGUUCAGACAAGAUAAAAGUUCAGCAAGGGCUAGGGUUCUGGGGAUUGAACAGCCAGAUGCUUCACAAUGCGAUCAACAAAACUCAGAGGACAGCAGCAUUUCAGAACACCGCAGGAGCGGUGUGCCAAGAUGUGCAGCUGGGAAAGUGUUAAUGGGGAUUUCACCCUGAAAGGAGCAAGGGCAGAUGAACCAAGCUGAUACCACUUCAUAAACAAGAGGCAAUUUGAGCUCUGUAGCUCAGAUAAUCUAAUUAUCCCUGUGAUGUUGCAAUUGCAAUUCAGAUUUCCACCUACUUUUUAUAUUUCAGGACAAACUUUUAAAGUGUUUACAAUAUGGUAGAUGAAACAGAGACAGUCAGAUCACAAGAUAUCUAAGGAGUGACUGAGUGCUGUGAAAUGACUGCUCAGCAGACUGACAAAACAGAAGUUGUGUUGUUUGGAUUUUGGCCUUGGGGUAUGCCUCUUUCACCCUUCAACUCAGGAGCACGAUAUUCUCAGACUUCUUCCCAAGUUGGGAGUUCCAAACUCAAGUCCAAUUAGCUUUGAAACUGUGGCCACAUCACCUCCUUUAUGUCAGGGGGAGAUUGAAUAAAUUUGUUAGGGUUUGAGUGUUAAAGAAAAAAAAAAAGACAAAAAGCCAAUGAGGUUUUCAUUUUGUAAGGACACACACUUUUUUUUGGUGGUUACUAGAGAAGGGAAAAUUCUCUUCUGCAGUAUUAAACCUAAACGCAACAGGAUAGUGCCAGUGCCAAAUGAAACUAAGGAAAAAAAUAAAACCAACCAGUCUAGUUUUGUAGAAGGUGAGUGACAGUGCAAAAUAUAAUUAGAAUCACAGAACUAGAAGGGACCUCGAGGUCAACGAGUCCAGUCCCCUGCCUUCAUGGCAGGACCAAGCACUGUCUAGAAUGAAGGACUCUUUUUAAAAAUAACUUGUUUACUAAUCUGAGGAAGUAAGAGGCAUGGAUAAGGGUUUUUUUUAAAAAAAAAUCACAUUAUGCUAGAAAUGAUAGGAACAGAGCAUUUUACACACUUAUUAAAACCAAAACCUUUAGAAUUCAGGAAGCCUUUUUUUCCCCCCCACUGAUUCCUAUGCCAUUGGACAAUGCUGUAACAUGAGUGUUACAAACAGGAGGGAUGCAAAAUCCAGACACAUUGUUUUAGAGUGAAACUUUAGAAAGUCGUGGUUUAUUUUUUACCACAAUCAAUAUGGCAGUUUCCCUUUUAAAUAUGCUCACCAUGGCAGGACGGGACAUGGCCGUAACUCCAAAGCUAUUUCAUGAUUAAACAUUCUCAUUCUCUGCAGCUGUCUUUUGGACAGGGAGCACCUGGAGUUCCCUAUUCUACCAAAGCUGACAGGAAUGUUACAAUGAAACUUCUGUGUGAGGCUUGCAGCUUUGCCAGUACACCCAGAGCUCAUCAUGAGAGCAGAGUUGGUGGUUUGGGUCUCCCUGGACUUUCCCCUCUGAGGAGAACCACAAACAAUAGACAUAGCUCCUUCUGGUACUUGUUCCUGCCAAUAAACUGCAGCAUUGGGAACCCAGUAAUUCCUUGCAUGCAGGUUUAUUACUUUUACCAAUAUACUAAAAACUCUUUCAUUAAGAGGAAGAGGAAUGACAACAGGAUUCAAUAAAGCAUCUGAUCCCCACAUAGGUCACUCCUGCUUAUUAAAAAUUGUGAUUACAGUUAGCGCAAACCAGGAGGCAUCGACUGAAUCACUAAUUCCUGAGUAAUAACCUUGACUCUGGAGCCUUCAGCAAAUCCCAUGCUCCAGUUUCCCCCAUGGGAAUAGCUGCUUUCCUACUUCACACACAUUAUGAGUUCAUGUUUCCAAAGUGUUGGUCAUUAUCCCUGUGUUACCAACUAGAAGAUUUACCCAGCGUUGCUCAGUUCCUUAACUCAAAUACUUUUUGUUUUUCUUCCUGUAAAUCAUUGGUUUGGGGGGCUCAGUAUGCA